AUGAUCGGAGGACUCUUCAUCUACAACCACAAGGGGGAGGUGUUGAUCUCCAGGGUGUACCGCGAUGACAUCGGGAGAAACGCCGUGGACACGUUCCAAGUCAACGUCAUCCACGCCCGGCAGCAGGUCCGCUCCCCCGUCACCAACAUCGCCCGGACCAGCUUCUUCCACGUCAAGCGCUCCAACAUCUGGCUGGCGGCCGUCACCAAGCAGAACGUCAACGCCACCAUGGUGUUCGAGUUCCUCUACAAGAUGUGCGACGUCAUGUCCGCCUACUUUGGCAAGAUCAGCGAGGAGAACGUCAAGAACAACUUCGUCCUCAUCUACGAGCUGCUCGACGAGAUUCUGGACUUUGGUUACCCUCAAAACUCUGAAACCGGAGCUCUGAAAACCUUCAUCACUCAGCAAGGCAUCAAGAGUCAGCACCAUACCAAGGAGGAGCAGUCUCAGAUCACCAGUCAGGUCACCAGUCAGGUCACCGGUCAGAUCGGCUGGAGACGAGAAGGAAUCAAAUACCGACACAACAAGCUCUUUCUGGACGUGAUGGACUUGCUCAUGUCCCCUCAAGGUCAGGUGCCUAGCGCUCACGUCUCCGGCCACGUGGUGAUGAAGAGUUACCUGAGCGGGAUGCCCGAGUGUAAGUUCGGCAUGAACGACAAGAUCGUCAUCGACAAGCAGGGAAAAGGAGGGAGUUCAGAGGACGGAGCCAAGAGUGGUAAACAGUCGAUAGCCACUGAUGACUGCACCUUCCAUCAGUGUGUUCGUCUCAGCAAGUUUGACUCUGAACGCAGCAUCAGCUUCAUCCCUCCGGACAGAGACUACGAGCUCAUGAGGUAUCGGACCACCAAAGACAUCAUCCUGCCGUUCAGGGUCAUCCCUCUGGUCCGAGAGGUCGGUCGGACCAAGCUGGAGGUCAAAGUCGUCAUCAAGUCCAACUUCAAGUCCUCGCUGCUCACUCAGAAGAUCGAAUUCCAAAGAUUAAUAUCAAUACAAAUAUGUUAA